AUAUUUAUAUUUUUUAUAUUUCAGUUUUUCCUUGUUAUUUUCUCAUUUUUAAUUUUUCCUUGUUUUUGUUCUUCUUCGCGUUUUCUUUAAAUUUUUUAGCUAGUAUUGUUAGCAUAGUUAGCAUAGUUAGCAUAGUUAGUAUAGUUAGCAGUGUUGGCAUAGUCAGUAGUUAGUAUCUUUGGUAGCGUUCGUGUUAUUUAUUAGAGUAGUUAGGAAGCAUAGCUGGCCUAGUUACUUUAGUUAGCCCAUAUUAGCUAGCCUCCUAUCGUUUUGUUUGUUCACAUAGUAAGCGUAGUUAGCGUCGUUCGUUAGUGUUAUCAGUUAGCGUAGACAGGAGCCAGCAUGCUUCCUGGCCUGGCGGCCACCUCUGCUGGCAGGCAGCCCUGUCCGCGGGAUUACCAGCUGCGAAGGACCCUUGGGGAGGGCUCCUUCGGCAUUGUGAAGCUGGCCCUGCACGUCCCCAGCGGGACGGAGGUGGCCGUCAAGAUCAUACAGAAGAAGGAGCAGAGCGCCGCCACUGCCAAGAGACUCCUGUGCGAAACGCAGGGUCUGGCGCGAUUACGUCACCCCCAUAUUUUGAGGCUGGUGGAGGUGAUGGAAAGCGAGGAGACAGUAUUCAUAAUAAGUGAAUACGUGCGCGGAGGCAACCUGCUGGACCACCUGAUGGAGCACGGCCCCCUGACGGAGGAGGAGGCGCGAGGCUGGUUCCGGCAGCUCGUCUCUGCUCUCCAGUACUGCCACCGCCGGGGCGUCAUACACCGGGACCUGAAGCCAGAGAACGUGCUCCUGGACCCGGCGGGGAGCGCGAAGCUGGCCGACUUCGGCUUCUGCAGCCUGGACCCUGGCGGGCCGCUGAGCACGUUCUGCGGCACCCCCGGCUACAUGGCCCCGGAGGUCAUGCAGCUGCAGCCCUACGACGGCCCCCCGGCCGACGUCUGGAGCCUCGGCGUGCUGCUCCACGCCAUGCUUGCCGGGUCCCUGCCAUUCUGGGGGGAGGACUUCGACGCCAUACAGCGCAGCACGCUCAGCGGGGCUUACUCGCCGCCCAGGCUGGUGUCGUGCCAGUGCGCCCAGCUGCUCAGAGGCCUGCUGACCCUCGACCCUGGGAAGAGGAAGACUUUGGAGGAGGUGAUGGGGGACCCGUGGGUCAACUGGGGCCAGCCGAGGCUGAGGCCUUACAGGGAGCCGCCUGCUGACACGAGGACCGCCUGGGGGACCGACGAGAUGCCGAAGGCCCAGCAGCCGCAGGGGGGUGGUCACGCCAGACCCCUGACCUCCCUCCCCUCCAACAAGGCCCACAGCUGCCGUGCUUUGCAACACUGCACGGCGUGGCGGAGGGCCUCGGAGCCCCGCGGCCGGCGCGCUGGCAGUGAGCCAGUUCUGCCUACCUGGCUCCGGGAGGCUGGCCGUCAGCGGCCCAGCGAGAAGCUGCAGUCAGGGCCGAAGGCCGCAGAGCCUGGCGGUGCUCUGCCCAGCCUGGACUCAUGCCCCGCUGCCCCCAGCCCGGCCCCCCCAUGGGACCCCGGGGCCGUCCCCUCCUCCGACAGCGCCCACACCACACGUGGGGCCCAGGAGGGAAGCUGCCAAGGAGACUCCCGGCAGGCGGGGCAGCCCCAUGUGGUGACCCCGGCCUCGCCCUCUGGCCGCAGCCAGGGCCGAGGGGGCGCUGCCAGGAGGCUGUUCAAGGCACUCCGAGGUCUGUGCUGCUGCCUGCCAAUCAGGAUCGGGUCUGGCAAGAGGAACAGGGUGUGGCCCCGGUGAGGUCCCAGCAGGUCCGGUCCCAGCCCAAGGGUCGAGCUGCCCCCUGCAUUGUCCGCGCACAGCAAGCAAGUCGCAGAAUCCGGAGCCGGCCCCGGGCGUGGGGCUUCAGCCAGAGGGAGACGCCUUCUGCUGUGAGUGGGGGCCGUGCAAGAAGGACACGCGUGUGUGCAAAGAUGCGGGUGAGAGGCCUU